AUGGACAAACCUGUGGCGCUUGUGGCAAGUCGUUUCCGCCGAUUACGCUCCGCGGGUCAAAAGACUUCACGAGAAGCACGGCCCAGUCUCAUCUAUGGCACCCAAAUCAAAUGGAAGAAGUCCGACUUUUACAAGAACAGUAGCACCAUCAUCGAUGGCAAGAUCACGUACCACAUGUUCAGCGAGACCGACAACGCCGAGCACGCGCGGCUCAAAAGGCCCGUCGUGCGCCACCACGCGAUGUCUAGUGUGUUGACAAUGGAGCCGCUCAUGGACAAGAGCAUUGCCGAGCUCUGCGACCAUCUCGAGCGCCGCUUCGUCGACACUGGCAAGCCCUGCCUGUUUGGGGACUGGCUGUCUUACUAUGCAUGGGACCUCGUCGGCCUCGUCACCUUCGGCAAGAAGUUCGGCUACAUGGACAAGGGCCGCGACUUCGACGGCACCUUGGCCAUCGGGGACCAAACGAUUGACUACUUCAGCAUGUGCGGACAGAUGCCGUGGAUGGAUCACUUGCUGGACAAGAACCCUCUCUACCACCUCGGGCCACCCAAUCUUUCCAAAGUCACCCGCAUCGCAAUUGAGAGCCUCACAGCGCGGCUGAAGGGUGAGGACGGUUUCGACCCCGAGAAGCCGGACUUUCUGCAGUACUUUAUCGAAUCUAGGGAAACACAUCCCGAAAUCGUCGACAAUGGGACUAUCAUUGGAUAUCUGCUUCUCAACUUGCUAGCCGGGGCUGAUACGACCGCCACCACCAUGCGUGCGCUCUUCUACCACUGCCUCAAGAACCCCCGCAUCUGGGAGCGACUGGAGUCCGAGAUCGUCGCCAACAUCCCCGGCGACGAGCCGGCGCCGCACGCGGCUGCUCGCGCGCUUCCCUACCUCGAAGCCGUCUGCCGCGAAACGCUACGAUCGGUGGUCCCGGCUGGUUCCCUCGUCGGCAUGAACCCGUACGUCUUGGGGCGCAACGGGAGCGAUUCCGAAGACGACGAGGCUUACAAGCUUCGCAUGCGGCAGUGGAACGCGGCCGACAUCGUCUUUGGUGGCGGCUCGCGCAUCUGUCUUGGGCGGAACCUGAGUAUGGUGGAACUCUACAAGAUCGUGCCAUCCCUCGUCUCGAGAUUUGAGAUCCAGCUGAUGGACACUGAAGAGAAACUGUGGACGAGCUCGCGAUGGUUCUACCGGACACAGGGCAUCACUUGCCCCUUGAGCCGAAGGACGCAUAAGGUCUGA